UAAAUCCGCGAAAUAACGUUUUAAUGUUUUGAUCACGUGACCAGUUACUUGCGCAGAGUGAAAACAUUGCGAGUUGGUCCGAGUUGAUUCGACAACCUUAAAGGGACGUGAGACAUCGGGAUGAAUCAGGCGAAAAUUCCAGGGUGCAGUGACGUUAAAAUAUCCUCAAACCGCCGUCUUUCAAAAGACAAGAUGUUUAUGAAUGACUAUGAGUGAUUUUUAUGGGCGAUUGGUGAAAAAUGAAACCAGAAAAAGGACCUAAUGAAAUGGAAGAAAAGAUGUUUGACCCUCAAGAGCUCUUCACAGAGAUAGCCCUGUUGAUAACAGAGGCAAGGAUUCCCGACAUGUCCCCCAAAGGUCGGAUUGAGGGACCACACUGUCCCCCUGCUAAGGGGGUGAGAUACCAUGAGUGUGAUCGCCACAAACUACAGUGUCGAAGGGCUAGUGACCUGGCGAGUGUACAGGAAGUGCUCUGGGUGAACCAGAUCCCGAUGCGUAUCGACGUUCUGCUGUUCCCGGACUGCGAGCACGGAUAUCGCGAGGAAGUCGUCAUUGAGGGCGCCACCUUCUCGUGUGAGGAUGAUUUCCUUCUGCUGGAACGAUGGGACGUGCAGCUGGUCAAGAAAAGGUCCUCCGAGAGACUGGAGGGGUUUGUGAAUGGACGGACCCACCUGCAGAUGAUACAGAGUUACCUGCACUUUUCACAGCUCAGUUCGUGGCUCAUAUCAACACAGGGUUGUCUCCCUGCCAGGGUGGUGUACAGAAUCUAUGCACCAGGAGAAGCCGUGGGUUAUUCGUUCAGCCACUUGCCUGUCGUCCACAGUUUCCCAUCAGCUGAACUCGAUUUUGCCAUUAUGCAGAGCAGUGUGGCUCAUUUGCCAAGGCAGGAAAAAGUGGCAUCCUUGAGAUGCAGGACAGAGCCUGGAACUGAUGAGAAACCCAUUAGACAAAGAAAAACACUGGACGAAAGCAAAAUCAAACGAUCAAAGCCAAAAUUUGAGAAUUCCAAUAAUCCUGUACCUUCCACUUCAAAGUUAUCUGAAAGUGAAGGUAAAAAUGAUAGAUUUACUUUCACAGAUAAAAACCAGACUGCCACUUCCUUGGAAAAGAAGAAUACUUGGAAGUCAAAUGAGGAUAUACUGACACAGAAGCCUCCCAUUGGUAGAAAAAAUUGUGAAGAUAAAAAAGCCACCAAUCAAGAGUCAGUGUUACUCCAUGCCCCAAGUCACACUCCGAAGAGAAAAGUAGACCAGCUUUCUCCGACCAUGAAACUAAGGCAUGAAUUCCCAGAAAGUAGUUCCUCUCCACAUACCAACCCACCAUGUUCUUCUAGUUGUGAUAUUGACAUAGAUGAUAAAGAGGAUGAAUUUCUUUUUCCGUGUUCGUCGUCAACACCAACAAAUGUUCAGCAAAAACAUAAUGCUGAAACCGAUACAGUUAAGAGUAAACAUGAAAAACAUGAAUUAUUUAAAAGCCAGAAAUGUUUGAAACCAAACAGCUUGUCUGUGAGCACAAAUAACAAUUUUAUAGGAACCAAAAGAUUACCUAGCCCCAAAGUGAUAGUAUCUGGAAGCAAGAAACCUGACCCAUCAAUAUUUAAGAAAAGAUGCAUAGAUCUGAACUUGACUGAAUCAAAAAUGGAGAAUUUAGAGGAUAUGAUGAGUGUUCCUUUAAAACCGGUGGAAGAGUUUACUUCUAGUGAUCUGCAUGAUCUCAUAAAGCCACUAUAUCCGAGUGAUUUAGAGGCUUUUUUAUCUAGUCUUUCGCAAAAAGCUCCAAGGGUGCAUGGAUCAUCCAAACUGGAGGAUAUUCCUACCACUAAAUGUAGUUUCUACAUUGAAGAGGAUGCAGAUAUUGAUUCUGAGAAGAGAACACCAAAACGACCUCAAGAGAAUUCAAAGUAUCCAGAUUCUUGCAAUUUAAUCCAAAGUCUUUCAAAUGGUGCAAUGCAAGGGAGUGAAAUGAACUCAAAGUCACAUAGAAGAAAUCUUUUCGAGAACUUUGACUCCGAUAGUAAUUCAAAAGAUUCUAUAGUGACCACUGAUGGAAAAACUAAAAAGUUUCAAAAUGGUGUAAAAGAUACGUCUGUAGAACUGAACAUUAGUUUAGAAAAGUCUUUCAAUAAAUAUUCUGGAAAUACAGAGGGAACUGUUUUAUCUCAGCCAGUUUGUGUAUUAAACAAAAAUUCCUGCAUGAUCACAGAAGACAGUGUGAAUGUUAAUUCACAAAGAGACUUAACUGUGUUGCCAAGGAAGACUUUCCAAAACUUAACUCAAAUACCUUCAAAUUCAAGGGAGGUAAUGCCAAAUGAAAUGUGCAUUUCUUCUCCAAAAGUUAAACGUUCAAAUGAUGUUUCGCAUUUAGCAGAAAACCUGGAAUCCAUGGACAUUGAUGAAAGUUCUCAUUGUGUACUUGAUCAAGAAGUUGCCCAUCAUUUCAGUGAAGCUAAUAUGAAUCAUUUAAAUUCCCUAUCUGGAGACAGCAUUGACGAUUGCAAAACACCAACCAAUGACACUUUUGACAUGGAAAUCUGUGAUAAAAAAUCUGUAACCGAUAAAUUGGCAUGUGCUAUUGAUGGCAAUCGUAAGUCUGUUGAUAGUGUCACUGCGCGCAAGACUGAGACAAAAGUGGCUAACUCUUGCGCCUCGCCUACACCAAACUCGAGUACCUGUGAUCAAAAACUUGUUCGUGAUCUUUCACUAUGCAAGCAGCUUCUUCAGCGAGAAUUCCAACACAACAUGUCCCAGGAGAUGCUGACCAAGAAUUCCCAGAAGUGCCAUUCCCGAACGUACAAAUCCCUUCCGUCCCCAGACGACAUCAAGCAAUUCCAGUUUGUGAUGGGUAGAAGUACCAGCGCAGUGUUCAACUCUAGCACUGGUCUACCAUCCAGAUCAAGUCCAGCACCACUGAAAAAGAGAUCCAGUACACAUUUUGAUUAUGACUGCUCCUUGACUAAUAUACGCUCCAUAAAAAAUGCCAUGUCUUGCUCCAAGCUCUCUAUGAGGUCCGACGUAGACACAGACUCCAUGGAGGACACCAAAGUCCUCAGUACCAGUGCACCUGCCUCCACCAACUGCCUGCUGGGAAACUUUGAGGAAUCAGUCUUGAACGGUCGUAUAGAACCGGUGGGUGUGGUGCAAGGGUUCACGGUAGAGAUCGGAGCAAGCGGUUCGUUCUGUCCAAGACAUGUCACUCUGCCAGUGGUGUCCUACUUCUUCCAACUCUCAGACGACAAUGCACCAUCUCCAUAUCUGGGCUAUGUUAACCUGGAACCAUUGGGCAAGAGGGGUUACCAUGUACCCAGGAGUGGAACAGUCCAAGUGACGCUGUUUAACCCAAACAGAAGCGUGGUGAAGAUGUUUGUAGUGAUGUACGACCUUUCUGACAUGCCACCAAACUGCCAAACGUUCCUACGGCAACGCACCAUGUACAUGUCUGUCAAGGAAAAUAGCUCGGAGCAAUCUUACCUACGCUACCUCAUUCAUCUAAGAUUUCAAAGCAGGAAGUCUGGCAAAAUCUACCUCCAUACAGAUCUGCGGCUAAUCUUUGCGAGGGACAAGUUUGAGUUUGAUCCACGCGUUGGAAAUUACGAGCUUCGGUCGUUCACCGAGGGACCUGAAAACCCCAAGUUCUCACCAAAAAGAUGAUGAGGGGUGUAUGUUAGCGAUUUCAAAGAUAUUUAGUUGUUUUCCACCUCAAUUUUCUGAAUGUUUCUGUUAAUAAUGCUUGAUUGCUUUUUAUUAGUGAUUGAACCAAAAAUAUAGUUGUUUUCCUCCUCAAUUUUUGUGAAUUUCCACCUCAUGUGAAUGUUUGUAAGAUAGUGAACAAUACUGGCAUAGCUUUUGCCAUGGAAGUUUUAAAUUUUCGAAGCUUUUUCUGAAAAUCUUAUUUCCUUAAUUAGAUUUUACCACAAAAUGUUAAAUCCUCACCCAGCUAUUUUUGAAAUUUCAUUCAAUAUUGAUCACCAACAAAUCAACAAUAAGCUCUUCUGUGUCUAAAACAUGUAGUUUAAUUGCUUAUUACUUUAUUUCCCACUGCCGUGAAAAGGUCAGUUUUCAAAUCAAAUUUUUCUAUUAAUGACAUUCAUGAAAACUUGUCUCAUAUUGCACAUGAUACAGCCUCAGGCACAGAAGAAACAGCAACUUUUGUGUGAAGAUAAAUUAAACAAAUUAUCACCCUUGUCAGUCAGCCGAUGUGCUUGCAGUUUUAGAGCUAUGCCUGCUGCAUAUUUCACAAGAACCAUUUUCCCAUGAACCAGUUCAUUAUUAUAAAAUAAAAAACAUGCCUGGCUUUUAAUUGUCAAUAGUCAGUUAAAGUGAUCACUUUUUCUGAGAACUGCUUCCAUAACAUUUUCACUAGCCUAUAUUACUUUGUUAGUGAUUUAAGUGGAAAUACUAGCAUAUGUUUCAAACUUUCAAUUGAUAUUUGUGCACUGAUAUUGCAUGUACUUAAAAUAGACACUUAUACACACACAAGCUUGUUUGUGAGUUUAUAUAAUUUUAGCCGUUUUAUGCAAAAAUGGGUCUUUUGCCAUUUGCUCCCAAUUUAACUCGAGACCAGGAUUGGCAAUGGAGCAGUCUGGUAAGGAACGGCGCUGACCAGUGUAAAGUCAUGUAAAGCUUUUGUGGUCUCUUGCACAUAUGGCAGAAGACCCAUUUUUGCAUGGCAAGGCUCAUAUAAAAGUUUUGGACAGUGUUCAUUGUACAUAGGGUAGUUUGUCAUAAGGUUAAGUAUGAAUGUUUUAUUAUUAUUCGGGCACUUUUAUGGAUUGGAAAUCAGUUGCGCUCCGGGGAAAACCCAUCUAAAUGCAUGUGUGUAAAGUGUCUGGACUAGAGUUUUUUCCUUCAAAUGAAAAAUUCAAUACAAGUUGAAAGUGUUAUCCCUAAAAAUCUGGGGUGACUUAUUUUGUACAUACAUUCAGCUCAGUUUUCCCACACAGGUACACACAUGUUGUUGAUUGUACACAUUCAGUGUGUAGAAAUGCAGGCUAUUGAUUGUGCUAACAUAGAAAAUUAUUGAAAUAUGGGUCAUCAGUUACGUAUACAUGUAAUGGUUUAUAUGUUUGUUGGAUAUAUGAAUUUUAUCUGUAUAUUUUAUUAUACUUGAUACUUGGUUUGGUGACUUUAAUCUGCCUUAUGUAGCUUUUUGUAUGUAAGCUGACUGUUUGACUUUUAUCUGCAAUGUAUCAUGACCAGUUUUUCUGAAAGACUUUUAUUGCAAUGGAUCAAGUACUAUUUUAGUUAAGAAAGUUGAUUGGUUUAUAUUUAUUUUGUAUUAUUACAGUAUAUUGUUAUUUUUCAGUUUUACCUAACAGUACAUGUAUAUGCAAUAUUUCAUACCUGUUUGUGUAUUUUUAGCUCAUCUGAGCACAAUGUGCUCAUAGUGAGCUUUGGUGAUUGCCUUUUGUCCGUUGUGCGGCGGCAACAUUUGCCUUGUUCACAUUCUAGAGGCCACAUGUAUUGCCCUAUCUUCAUGAAAUUUGGUCAGAAGAUGUGUGCCAAUGAUAUCUCAGACAAUUUCGAAAAUGGUUCCGAUUGGUUGAAAAACAUGGCCGCCAGGGGACGGGGCAUUUUUCCUUAUAUGACUAUAGUAAAACGUUCUUAACACUCUAGAGGCCACAUUUAUUGUCCGAACAUCAUGAAACUUGGUCAGAAGAUUGGUACCAAUGAUAUCUUGGGCGAGUUCGAAAAUGGUUCCGGUUGCUUAAAAAACAUGGCCACAAAAUCCCUCCAGGGGCGAGUAUUUUUCCUUAUAUGGCUAUACAUGUAUAUGGCUAUAGUAAAACUUUGUUUACAUUCUAGAGGCUAUUUAUUGUCCGAUCUUCAUGAAACUUUGUCAGAAGACUUCUCCCAAUAAUAUGUUGUACGAGUUUGAAAAUGGUUACGCUUGGUUGAAAACAUGUCUGCCAGUGGGUGGAGCAUUUUUCCUUAUAUGGCUCAAGUAAAAAACUUGUUAACAUUCUUAAGUCACAUUUAUUGUCCAAUCUUCAUGAAACUUGGUUAGAAAAUUUGUUUUGAUGAUAUCUUGGAUAAGUUUGAAAAUUGUUCUGGUCUUUUAAAAAAACAUGGCUGCCAGGGGGCCAUUUAUAGUUUAGUCUUCAUGAAACUUGAUAAGAACAUUUGUUCUAAUGAUAUCUUGGGCUGCACAAAACUGGUCAGUUCCUUUGUAUUUUAGGUGAGCAACUUUGGGCCUUUCAGGCUGUCUUGUUAAUUCUUUUUAUUUAAUGAUAAUCAAGAUACUCGGUUUUCAGAAAAUUACUUUAUUCAUUCACUUUUACUUGUUUUGUUAGAUUAUUGUUUUAACUGCCUCUCUUAAGAAUGUCUUUUUAAACUGUUUAAUUGUUGAUGUUGGUGAAGAUACAAAGAAACUAGUGUUAAAGAAAACAGCAUAGGUAUUGAUACAUUGAAAUUAAAAAUGUUAUUUUCUUUAGUUGUUUUCAAUAAAUGUUAACAUUUUUAGUGACAAUCAUCUAUUUGUGUUUUUGCCCCCGGAUCGAAAGAUCGGUGGUAUAUUGUUUUUGGCCUGUCUGUCAUUGUAUUUGUGUGUGUGUGUGUCCCAAAACUUUAACCUUGGUCAUAACUUUUGCAAUAUUCAAGACAGCAACUUGAUUCUUGGCAUGCAUGUGUAUCUCAUGGAGCUGCACAUUUUGAGUGGUGAAAGGUCAAGGUCAUCCUUCAAGGUCAAAUUUAUGGCUUCAAAGCGACGCAAUAGGGGGCAUUGUGUUUCUGACAAACACAUCUCUUGUUUAUUUAAUGGUUAAUUUAUGUGGUGUGCAUUGUGAUUGAUAAGUAAAAACUGAUACAUGAACACGCAUACCUGUUUUUAUAAAAAUAAGUUUAAUCAACAUUUGGCUUCAUUGCCUUUUAUUAUAUAACAGAGGUGUCAAUUUUCAGGUUUAUUCCUGAAUUCAGGAUUUAAGCCCUCAAGGAAAACUUUUGAUAUUGAUAUAAAUCAGAGGAUUGUUUUGGUAUUUUAAGCAUUCUUGUCACAAAAUGUCACUCUUAAACACAAAUUAUUGACCUUUGGCAAAUUGUUUACAAAGGAAACAUAAUUUAAUGAAUCAUUAAAACUCUUUUGACUCUGGUACCCAAAUUCUAGGAUGAUUUUCAGGAUUUUAGAUAUUGGUAAAUUGACACCUCUGUAUAAUAAAUAAGUAUAGCCGUCCUAUGGUCCUAUAAGUUAAACCAUACGGGAAUAUGUCAAACAAUUAGGAGAUGUUCAAUGAUAUCAUACAUUUAUUUUUAUUUGUUUGGAUUUUAUAUGAUACAAAUAUUUAAUUAUGUUAGUUUAUAUAUUUUUAUUAAGGACAUAAUGAAUAAUUACAAAAAUCUUUAAACAAGUCCCUUUUAGUCUAUGGUUGGGUAUGUAACUAUGGUGCUUAGUCAGUUUUCCUUGCAACCUGCAUCUUCGUUUAAGUUCUCCACUAUUAUAUUUUGUUAAGAACAUGGAGUGAAUGUUUGUUGUUAAAAUGCUAACUGUAUAAACCUCUUAACAUCUUUGCAAAGUAUGCACUUUUUCUUUUUGUCAAAUCAUAUAUAUAUAUCAGUAUCUGUACUUUUUAAAUUGCUUUACAUGGAGUAAAUAUUAAUAAAAGUAUACUACAA